UCUGGUGAAUAGUGAGAAAUAAGAUGGGAAAAUACAAGUUCAAAAUUUCAGAUAUGAUCUCAAAUCCAUGGUUUCACAAGCUCAAAGACAUGACUAAGCAGUCUAAACCCAAAAGCAAACCUAUUUCUUCUUCAUUUUCCUCACACACUCAUAACAAGAAGAACCCCUCUUAUGCUCCUCCUCAGCAGUCUUCAACCUCUCAUUUUUCCAUCAGCUUAGUAGCUAAAAGUCCUCACCAUAACUCACCAAGAAACUCUCUUCACAGAAAAAGGAUGAGUGAAAGAAAGACACUUUACAAGCCAUCUCUUAAACCAAUCACUCCUUUAGGUUUUAACAAUAGCAAGAUCAACGGUCAAGAUUCAUCUCACUGUGCGUUUCCAGCUCUUGAAAAGUCCACAGAGUCUUCUGUGUAUAGUUUCUACCAAGAGGAAGACGAUGGAUUCGUUGAUCCUUCCAACUUCAAGGUGGACACAAAGAACAAAGCUUUCACCAAGUACAAGGCCAAAGGGUCUGGCUCCAUAGAGAAAGCUUGUCCUGCAAGUAACCUAACCAAGAAACCACUAAAAAGCCAUCUUUCUGUGAAGAUUAAUAAAGGGAAACAAGAAGAAGAUGAUGAAGCAUGCAGAGAGACGAAAUACAAAAAGCAAGUUUCUAGUGGAAGAAACUCUUCUGCAGGAAUAAACCUCAGAAGAGUAAACUCACCUAGAAUUCAACUCUCAGGCACGCGUAGAAGCACGUCGAGAUCAGAGAGCAGACAACUUGUUCUUGAGAGUUAUGCGGUGAUGAAGCGUUCCGUUGAUCCAAAGAAAGAUUUCAGAGAAUCAAUGGUGGAGAUGGUAGAAGAGAACAACAUCAGAGCUUCAAAAGACUUGGAGGAUCUUCUUGCGUGUUACCUUUCCUUGAAUGCAAAGGAGUAUCAUGAUCUUAUCAUCCAGGUUUUCGAGCAAAUAUGGCGUCAACUUACAAAACACAUGUGAAAAAAACCCUCUUAAUGUAACGUUAACAUUAGUAUUAGUAUCAUUCUGUCUUGUGAAAUCUCAGUUUUAUGUAUUUGUUUUCCUUAUUUCUCUUUUAAUCAAUGGAACCACAUAAU